AUGCAUCUCACAAAUUAUGCUGUGAAUAAGGAUAACGAAAAUUUUGUAUUUAAUUAGAGUGAUUAAUAAAUGGAUGUCGGUCAUAAGAGAAGUAUGACAAGUGUUUUUGAAUUGCUCAGAAGUAAAGGUGAGAAUGUUGAUUUGUUAUGGAAUACAAUCAAAAAGAUGAUGAUUAAGACAUUCUGUGCCGUAUAGCCAAUUCUAGCUCAUUAAUAUAAAUCUUGUCAACCUAAUAAUCAUAUGAACAAUAUGUGUUUCGAAGUUUUAGGCAUGGAUGUCAUCUUGGAUCAUAAGUUAAAACCAUAUUUAUUAGAAGUUAACCAUUCCCCUAGUUUUACAACAGACACUCCUUUGGAUGCAACCAUAAAAAGGUCUUUGAUUUCAUAGUCUUUGAUUUUAAUGAAUUGUACUUGGAAAGCUAAACAGGAAAUUAUAAAUUAAGAAAGACAAAUACUGUAAUAAAGAAUGUUGACAAAUAAACCAGUCAGAUUAACAUUUGAGGAGAGGCAAAAACUAAUAAAGUAAUGUUAAGAGAUGAGAGAUUAGUAUGAGAAUUAGAAUAUAGGAAAUUUUGAAAAAGUUUAUCCAUUAGAAUAAUAUGAGGAAGAGUAUGAUAAAUUUAUAGAGUAUGCAGGGUAAUUAUACUAAGAAUCAACAGGAGCAAGUAAAGCUUUAAAACAAUAAUAAUAAUAAUAAUAAUAAUAAUAAUAAUAACAAUAAUAAUAAUAAUAAUAACAAUAAUCAACUAAAAGAAUUGAAAAACCUGAUCUCAAAUCAGAAUUCAAUUUAAGAACUUUAGAAUAUAAAUCAGAAUCUAAAAUUUUAGAACAAAAAACAGAAUUUGUUAGAUUGAAAAGUGAAAAAUCCUCUGGUAUGAAAAGAAUUUUAAAAAAGGAGUAUUCAACAGCUCUUUUAGCUGAUGAAGUUAUCAGAAACAUUAAAUUUACUGGUUUGAAACCUCAAUAGAAAGCUUUAUUAAAGUAGGAAUCUGUGAGGAAGAACUUUAAACUUCCUGUUAGCUAAGGUACUUUUGUCACACCAAAAUUAUUUAUGAUUAAUGAAAACAAUAAAAAUGGCAAUAAUCCCUUUUGA